UACACCUCUAAACCAGCACCAAUAUGCAUCUUCAUAUUCUUUCAUUUCUUCAAGAUAUUUUGAGACACAUACAGAGAGAGAGGAGAGGGGGAGAGAUGGGUAGUUUUUCAUUGACAUUGGUUGCAGCAGCACUGCUACUGGUGGUGUGCACCAAUUUAGCAGUGGCUUGGGAGGGAACUGGAGUGAUACAUGUGGGUGGUAAAGUAAUGUGCCAAGAUUGCACCAAGGGCUAUCAUGAUUGGGUUAAUGGUGAUAGGCCUAUUAAAGGAUGCAAGGUAUCCCUUACAUGCAUGGAUGAGAGGAGAAGAGUAAUGUACUAUGAAAGUGACAUAACAGAUGAAGAAGGGCAAUUUGACAUGACAGUAACCAAAUACAUCAAUGGGAAAGAACUGAAAGAGAAGUUAUGCUCAGUAAGGCUAGUUUCUUCACCGGAUCAAACCUGUAACAUUCUUACUGAUUUUGCUGGUGGGAAAUCAGGAGUUAAGCUGAGGAGGCCUACACUUAUUUACAGGGACAUGGUGAAGUAUAUGCUUCAACCUUUUUACUUCACUACUCCAAUGUGUGAGGAGCCUGAUACCAGUCAAUCUGAUGGAACCCAUUAUUGAUUUCUUGUUUGUAUUCUUAAAAUUUUCUUUUCUGUCAGCUCUUCUCUUCUUUUCAUUCGGAUGGCUUCUUCCUUCAUAUAAUGGGAGAUCCACAUUUCUAUAUUCAAAUAUACAUGCACUUGCUUCUACAA